AUGUCGUUCCCGUUGCCUCCUCUGGCCAGAAGGAGAGACACGGAUUUCGACGUUGGCAUUUUGCUUGGCAGAGGCACCUUCACUUCCGUCUAUGCUUCAGUGGAGAAGGCCACUGGCCGUCGAUAUGCCAUGAAGGUCGUGGAUCGAUAUAGGUGUGAGCGACUCAAGAAGACGGCGGACGUGUUUAUGGAGAAGCAUUGCCUGCAAAGAACCAACCACUGCAACAUCAUCAAGAUGCUGGGAUGGUUCUCAGACAACACAAACAUCUAUGUGAUGCUUGAAGAAUGCCUGGGCGGCGAACUCUGGGAAGUAAUCAAGACGGUUGGCUGUCCCGUCGCAAGAGCCCGCUACUACUUCGCACAGCUCAUCAACGCAGUUUCCUACUUGCGCGAUGCAAGAAUCGUUCACAGAGACUUGAAAGCCGAAAACGUGAUGCUGACGGAGCUUGGGGUUGUAAAGCUGAUAGACUUUGGCACCGCCAAAGACCUCGAAAAUCCCCAAAUCAAAGGUGCGGGAAAUGCUUCGAGACACAAGGUUUUCGAGGACUAUGUGGGAACUCCGCAGUUCAUGCCGAAAGAGGUCAUUGAAAACAAGUGCAGCGACCAUCGCUCAGACAUCUGGUCCCUAGGAUGCACCUUCUUUCAAGUAUUGAGUGGAUGCCCGCCCUUUCAUGAUAGGUCAGAGUAUUUGAUAUUUCAGCGAGUCAUGGCCCUUGACCUGGUCUUUCCACCCGGCAUUGACCCUGAUGCGCACAACCUCAUCACGCAAAUGGUCGUAGAAGACGCAGAUGCCCGUUUGGGUGCAGCCAACAUCGAGGACGUUAAAAACCAUCCGUUCUUUCAAUCCCAAAGUUUCGAAGCGAUUCAUGAGAAGCCGGUGCCCAUGGUGUCGCUGGCUGACUUGUGCCUGCAAAGGAUUGGCAACAACAUGAAAGAAUUCACAGAAACUUUGCCCCAGUGGUCGGGAGCGUCAAGCCUGGUUGCCACGCUAAGAGAGCAGUUGGAUCGCAUGCAAAUGGCGCACAAGUGGCAGGAAGAUGUGCUUCCCCCUGAAGAUGCAUGGUAG